UACAGGUACCCGUUACACGUACCUGUUUACAGAUCGUUGUAUAUCGUAUAUUAAGCGUAGGAUUAGAUUUGAAAAUAUAUUACGAGAUGGAUAUAACUUGGAAGAAAAAAUUGUUGGUAGCUGCAAUUGACUUUGGAACAACGUUCUCAGGUUUCGCUCUGUCUUUUCUCAGUGAUUAUGAAAAAGAUAAAACAGUAAACAUUUUUGGUUAUUUGUGGGAACCUGGAGACCAGCCGAAAACACACAAAACACCAACCUGCCUGUUGUUGAAACCAGACAUGUCUUUUCAUUCCUUUGGUUACGAAGCUGAGAACAAGUAUGCGGAACUGGCCGAAGAUAACGAGCACAAAGACUGGCGCUUCUUUCGCCGCUUUAAAAUGAAGCUUUAUAAACCAAGUGACAGGAACUCUUGUGGCUUAUCAACACAAAGCACAAUAAAGGACACAGAGGGUCGCGACUUCAAUGCAUUGGCAGUGUUUUCUUUUUCCUUAGACUAUAUGAAGAGGAAAAUUAUUGAAACAAUUGGAGAAAAGUUUCCAGGUGUCAGGGAAGAUGAUAUACAUUAUGUUUUAACGACGCCAGCAAUAUGGAGCGAAGAAGCCAAAUCGUUCAUGCGAAAGGCAGCAAAAAACGCACACAUACCAACAGAAAGACUACGUAUAGCACUUGAACCAGAGUGUGCGGCUGUCUAUGUUCACACAAAAGAGUUACCUGCUCUUGAUAUGAUGACUCAAGGAGAAAGGGCGAUGAAACCAGGAUCAUGCCAUGUUAUCAUUGAUUUAGGCGGAGGUACUCUUGACAUCGCUGCCCAUCGAGUUAAUGGUCACUGUCAAUUUGAGGAGAUCAUUCCGCCUUACGGAGGCCCCUGGGGUGGAGAUAACAUAAAUUUGAAGUAUGAGCAGUUUUUAAUCAAAAUUUCCGGAGGGCCAGCAUUUACAAAAUUUAAGGAAAACAAUAUGGAUGACUAUUUAACAAUGCAACGCCAAUAAGAAAACAAGAAAUGUGCAUUCAAAGAUACAAGCGACGACUCGAAAGUAACGAUACAGAUUCCAAAAUCCUUCCGUAAAAUUCA